CCGGAAGUGUCAUUCUGGCGAAACCGCGCGACAACACGAACGAACGUCUCGGCAUUAUAUUAAAAGCAGUUAUUCAGAAUCUAUCACAAUAAAUAACUACAUCGUGAGUCUUUAAAAGCUCAAGAGAACUUUCACCAGAAUGUCUCGACCAAUGGGAGACAGUCACAGACGCUUUUUACAGUCCAUGAUGAGCAAUGGAAUCAUCGGUGCUUCCCAGGCCAAAGCGUUACACAAACACUGCUGUGAGACUCACGGAGCACACUAUGCGCACGAUAGAUUAGAUGAAUUCAUGGAUGUCAUCAACACUCAGCUUCAGCCCAUGUUCAUGAACAUCAGGAAGGGCAUGUCCGAAGAAGAUGGAGUCCAGUAUUAUGCCUUGGUUAACAUGGCAGAGACCGAUGUAACAAGAAUGGCAUCUGAUUAUGCAGAUAACGAACUCGAAUUAUUUAGGAAAACGAUGGAUCUGAUUGUAGACUCUGAAAGUGGGUCUGCCUCCUCCACAGAUAUUUUAAAUUGCGCCGACAGCCUCCAGACCAAGAAACUGAAGAAGAAAGAAACCGAGCAUGUUUUAAAUAAAUUUGUCCAAGACAAGUGGUUAAAUGAGAAACAUGGUGAAUACACACUUAGUGUUCGCUGCAUCAUAGAAAUGGAACAGUAUAUGCGCAUAAUCUACCAGGAUCUCAUUAAAGUGUGUCAUGUGUGUCACAACAUUGCCCUGCAGUGCCAGAUUUGUGAAAAUCAAAGAUGUGGAAUCAAGAUGCAUCUCCCGUGUGUUGCUCGAUAUUUUAAAGGACGUAGUGAGCCUCAUUGUCCCGCGUGCAAUGAUUUCUGGCCGCAUGAGAUUCCAGAGAUUCUGCGUUCUCAGUCUCAGGGCUCACAGAGUCUGUCUUCAUCAGCCAAAGAGAACACUGCUCCCACCCCUUCAACAUCAGCAACACGUCGCUCAAGAAGGUCAUAAUUUCAGCGUUUACCACAGAGCUAGUUUUUUUUAACCUUUAAAAGUAUCAUAUUGAGGUCUACUAGAUUUCAGGAUUUUUAAAAUGUACAGUUGUUAAAGAACGACUUGUUUUUCAGUUUCACAAAUACAUUUGUUAUAACUCUGUUUAAGAUUUUUUUAUAUUAAAGAAUUUGUACAUAUGUUCCUGGACAUUAGCUUUAACUGAAGGUUUAGCACAUUUUGUACUUCUUUUUGUUAAAGCAGCACUGUUCUUAAGCAAAUACUUCUAUCAAAUGAUUAUCAUUUCCGUACAGCAUUUAAAAACAGAUUAGUCAGUUCCUUAGGUUACUACAAACAAAGUUCCUGCUUAUUGCAAGUUGUAAAAACAUUUUAGUUUAUAAACUGACAUUUACAAUUAGGCUAUUUUUAAGUCAUAAAAAUUUUACUUUUUUAUCUGGAAUUAAUUAUUAUAUGUGCUAUCAAUAGCAUUUUCACCAAUAAAAGCAACACAAAAACCA